UAUGCUUCAGCAGCGAAUCAUCGAGGCAGGACUCAUCUCGCACUGGGUCGAUGACGUCGUCAAGUCACGAGCCAAGAGGGUCAGGAUGGAGAGGAAGCUGGCGGGCAAAGGAACGGGAGACCAGGCUGAUAAACUCUUAGAGGAAGGAGUGGCUGAUACUCAGAGGGACAGGAACGUGGUUCUUGGGCUACAACAUCUUCAGGGAGGUUUCUUACUCAUGUUCCUCGGUUAUGCUGCUGCCUUACUCUGUCUGUUCCUGGAGGUCGUCACUCACUUCCUCAGCAGAUUAGGAUUUAUGAAACGAGCGGCAAAGCUGAAGGAUCACGGGAGUAAAUCCUACUAACCACCUGGCGACGACUCCCGAACGUGAAGAAUGUACUUUCGGGCUAUCAACGAUAUGGAUUUAUUUCCCUGUAGAUGCCAUACAGAAAAUCGACCUUAAUGUCUGUAGUAAUGUAAUGUUUACUUGUAAGUUCAUGUCUACGUUAAAGGUAGAAGGUGUGCACUGUAUUUUCUUUGUCGUUUCGAAAUAAUGAA